CAGUAACGCGUGCCUCCACGCUCUCCUGUCAGUGCAAAAACGGCGUCGUUUUCUUCAUCGUUCUCAGAAUCUUCACUAGAAAUAGAGGAAGAAAAACAGAUUCAGAAUGUUAGAGGAAAUGAAGAAACAGAAGUGUUUUAUUAGUGAAGAAGAUAUAGCUAUUCUCUUACAAAGGUAUUCGGUAUCAACAGUGCUGGCAAUAUUGCAAGAGGUGGGACAAGUAGCAGAUGAAAAAAUCGAUUGGAAUGCAAUGGUGAGGAAGUCUACUACUGGGAUUACAAAUGCAAGAGAAUAUCAAAUGUUAUGGAGGCAUUUGGCUUAUCGACAUGGCUUGGUUGAUAAAUUUGAUGAUGAGGCUCAACCUUUGGAUGAUGACAGUGAUUUAGAAUAUGAGUUGGAAGCUUUCCCUGCUGUAAGCAGUGAAGCUUCAGCAGAAGCUGCAGCAAGUGCGAAGAUGCUAAUUGCUUCCGGGGCUCCAAAUGAUGCCAAUAUGUUAAAUGGUUCAACCAUUGAGGCUCCAUUGACUAUAAAUAUACCAAAUGGCCAAACAUCUAGAACUGGUAUGGAUAAUUCAUUCCAAGGUACUUCUAUGCAUGGGACAAAUAUUACAGUCCCAGUUGCAGUGCAAAAACAGCCACUGUCCACUGUGGUGGCUGCUGAGGGAUUGGAAACCCAUGGACCAGGUUGUACCAACUUGCCUCCUCGACGAAAGCGUAAACCAUGGUCAGAAGCAGAAGACGUGGAACUUAUAGCUGCAGUUCAAAAAUGCGGCGAAGGAAACUGGGCAAACAUAUUGAAAGGGGAUUUUAAGGGAGACAGAACAGCUUCCCAGCUCUCUCAGAGAUGGGCCAUUAUUAGGAAGCGACAGGGGACCAUGGUUGGGAAUGGUUCGCAGCUUUCAGAGGCUCAGCUGGCAGCUCGUCACGCAAUGUCCCAUGCUCUUAAUAUGCCAAUUGGUGCUGGCGUGGGGCCUAAUUCUGGUAGUGGACCUAGUAACUCUUCUCAUCCUGUUACUGCCGACUUGGCAUCUGGUGGUGCACAAUCCCAGCAUCAACAAGACCCAUUAUCUUCAAAACCUCGGAUAGUCCCCCAAAAGCCAGCACCAAAGCCUACUACGAGCCCAGAUUCAAUGAUCAAAGUUGCUGCUGUAGCUGCAGGGGCCCGCAUAGCUACCUCUUCGAAUUCUGCCUCACAGGUGAAGCUAGCACAACCUAAAACUCCCCUCCAAAUACCUGGAGGAGGUCCUGCAGUCAAAUCAUCUGUCCUAGGUAGUACAAAUGGCUUGCCCAGUAAUGUCCACUUUAUUCGUACCGGUCUGGUGUCCCAUUCCGCUGGCCCACCAAAGGUUGUGCAUUCUGCUGGCCCACCAAAGGUCGUGCAUUCUGCUGGCCCAUCAAAUUCCUCACGACCUGGAACUCAGCAGGUGUUGAGCCACUCUUUGAAACCCGCUUCACCCACAGUUCAACCUAAGCCAAUUGGUAAUUCAUCCAAACCAAAUGCUAUAGCUGAACGCAAUGUCCCAACGUCUACUCCAGUUGCUGAGCUUAAAGUAAAUACGAACCAAGAAGUUCUCCAAAAAGUUCAACAAGAUCAAACACCUCCAUCAGUCAACCCAUUGAUAAAGAAAGCCAGUGAAUCUAAAGAGCACCAAAAAGAGGAUCGAGAUCCUGUUCAUGCUAAUUCUCCGGGCGUUCAGGUUCAAGAAAAGUUGAUUAGUUUGCAAGGUCAGGAGAUAGCCAACAAUGAUACUAGUGAUCCCAAUAAAGCAUCAACUAGAACUGAAAAUGGGAGUGCUAAUGGAGGUGAUCCCAGUAAGGAACCAGCUGAAACUGAGAAUGGGAAAAAUAAAAUGGAGUGACUACUAGGUUGGACCAACUUUGUAUGUAAAGUUAGAUUCAUGGUUGAUUGUUCUUGUCAUCUACCCUUGGUGGCUUUGCUUUCUUUUUGCCUUUUUAUUGUAAAUGUGUAGGUAUCUUGAAAUGUAUUGUUUAUAAUUAUUAGGUGACAAAUUACAAUUCUUUGAUACUUCCUUGUCAAUUGUUGAAUAUUUCCAUGUGUAAUCUUGAGAUCUCUUUGCAAGUGGGUUAAAGAGAUUACUACAUUAA